UUGCGUGCUAAGCAACAAAAACUUGUGAUGAAAGGAAAGCGUGAUUAGCAUUUCAUGAACGAUAUCUGACAUUUAAGACCAAGACGCUUCUACGUAUAGGACAGAUUAAGGUCAAGCGUGAGGAAACAACAACACUGAGAAAAUCAGACAAGUUUAUCGGCCGCAAAAAAACAUUUGAACUUAAGAUGGAACAAGCUCCACCAUACACCUUUGGAAAACAGAAUCCUGAAUACUCACCUGAUCAAUCUAUUCAUCAAUCUCAGCUCGGUUACCCUCUAGAGCAAAUACAACCAGCUCCUCAACCUGUGUCAAUUAUACCACCACCGGGUAACAACUCUACAACCGUUGUUGUACCAAAUCCAGAUCAAAGAGUAAUCGUUGUUGACGAACCAUUUCAAGAUUACAUGGGUUUAUCGAUUUUUGCAUGCCUGUGCUGUUUCUGGCCACUUGGCCUCUGUGCCAUAACAAAUUCAAACAAGGCAAGAAAACUCGCUCGUAGAGGUGACUAUGAAAGUGCUAGAGAAAUGGCAAAUGUAGCAAAAAGGGCAUCCUGGGUGGCUAUGUUUCUUGGCAUAAUGAUUCCUCCGAUUAUUCUUUUGAUAUAUUUUGUAACAACUUACGGCUAACUCAAAUUAAAUCAAACACAUGUCAGCUCCAACUAUUAGAACGAUCAGAGGCACAGUUAAGGUAUUAUGUAAUUACAAUACAACACAUACAUGAAGUAUAGUAUAUCGCGAGUAAUUUAGUACGACAUGCAUAUUGUAAUAUUACUUAUAACACAAAUUUUUGCACAAUGAUACAUUUAUAUAAUACAAUAUAUAUCUAUAUGAAGGUCGUGAACAGACUUCUAAUGGAGAUCGUUGUCAAGUCAUACAUAGUGAUAAAUUUCAACAUAUAGCUAAUGCCUUUUCAUGAACAGUCUUUUCAUGAAAGGAUACCAAGGGAAAGCAAUCACGAUCUAUUGAUGUUUAUGUAUUUUUCUAAUUUAUGUAAAUAAAUAAACUCUUUAUAAAUAUGCAGAUUUUUGUCCACGUCA